AUGGAGGCCUGGGGCCAGCUGAAGCGCGCGCGCAUCGCACAGACGCCAGCCAGCGGCGAGGGGGCGCGGCCCUGGGCCGUGCAGCCUCGGCCGGACCCCGAUUCUCGGCGGGGACCCCGGCCCCGCCCCUCUCCCCACCCCAGCGCAGGCGCCCCCCGGGAGCCCGCGCGCCCGGACUCCGACCGACCCCGACCCGGGACGGCGUCCCCGUCUCCGGCCGGCAGGGGGCGCGCGGGGACGGGGCCCCGAGAACUCCGCGCGGCCCCGCGCCCAGUCCCACGCGCGUCUCCUGUGUCCGCAGAUUCGUGCGACGGGGUGGAGUGCGGCCCGGGCAAGGCGUGCCGCCUGCUGGGGGGCCGCCCGCGCUGCGAGUGCACCCCCGACUGCGCGGGGCUCCCGGCGCGCCUGCAGGUCUGCGGCUCGGACGGCGCCACCUACCGCGACGAGUGCGAACUGCGCGCCGCGCGCUGCCGCGGCCACCCGGACCUGCGCGUCAUGUACCGGGGCCGCUGCCGCAAGUCCUGUGAUCGUGUGGUGUGCUCACGGCCGCAGUCGUGCGUCGUGGACCAGACUGGCAGUGCCCACUGCGUGGUGUGUCGGGCGGCACCCUGCCCUGUGCCUGCCGGCCCCGGCCAGGAGCUCUGUGGCAACAACAACGUCACCUACAUCUCCUCGUGCCACCUGCGCCAGGCCACCUGCUUUCUGGGCCGCUCCAUCGGCGUGCGCCACUCGGGCAGCUGCACAGGUACCUUUGUAGGCACCCCUCAGGAGCCCCCAGAUGGUGAAUCGGAGGAGGAGGAAGAGAACUUCGUGUGAGCCUGCAGGACAGGCCUGGGCCUGGCGCCCAAGGCCCCCCACCACCCCCUGUUAUUUAUUGCCACAGCAGAGUCUAAUUUAUAUCCCACGGACACUCCCUAAACCUGGAUUCAGACCACUUGGGGAUCCCAAAACCCCCUGACGAUAUCCUGGAAGGAUUGAGGAAUGGAGGCCUGGGGCCAGCUGGUGGGUGGGAUGGACCUUCGUCCCAGGCACUGAGGGCUCGAUUAAACCCCUAUCCUGAGUCCUAUUGCCAGGGAGGACCCCACACUUCUGCUCCUUUGGGGAUAAACCUAUUAAUUACUGCUACCUUCAAGAGGGCUGGGCAUUCCCUACUGGUAAUUCCUGAAGAGGCAUGACUGCUUUUCUCAGCCCCAAGCCUCCUAGAACAGGGGCCUUGGGCUCGGGCCAGGAGGGGCAGAGGAGAUUAGCCUGGGUGUGAAUGGAUGGUCUAGCCUGGGUGAGUGCAGAUGGUCUAGCUUGAGUGUGAAUGAAUGGUCUAGCCUGGGUAUGAAAGGAUGAUCUAGCCUGGGUGAGUGCAGAUGGUCUAACUUGAGUGUGAAUGAAUGGUCUAGCUUGGGUGUGAAUGAAUGGUCUAGCUUGAGUGUGAAUGAAUGGUCUAGCCUGGGUGUGAACAGGUGGUCUAGCUUGGGUGUGAAUGGAUGGUCUAGUCUGGGUGAGUACAGAUGGUCUAGCUUGAGUGUGAAUGAAUGGUCUAGCCUGGGUGUGAAUGAAUGGUCUAGUCUGGAUGUGUACAGAUGGUCUAGCCUGGGUGUGAACAGAUGGUCUAGCCUGGGUGAAUACAGAUGGUCUAGCCUGAGUGUGAAUGAAUGGUCAAGCCUGGAUGUGUACAGAUAGUCUAGCCUGGGUGGGUACAGAUAGUCUAACUUGAGUGAAUACAGAUGGUCUGGCCUGGGUGUGUAUGGAUGGUCUGGACAGGGUGUGAAUGGAUGGUCUAACUUAAGUGAAUACAGAUGGUGUAGCCUGGGUGUGAAUGGAUGGUCUAGCCUGGGUGUGUACGGAUGGUCUGGACUGGAUGUGUAUAGAUGGUCUGGACUGGGUGUGAACAGAUGGUCUAACCUAAGUGAAUACAGAUGAUCUAGCCUGGGUGUGUAUGGACAGUCUAGCCUGGGUGUGAAUGGACGGUCUAGCCUGGGUGUGAAUGGAUGGUCUAACCUGGGUGUGAAUGGACGGUCUAACCUGGGUGUGAAUGGACGGUCUGGCCUGGGUGUGUGUGGACGGUCUGGCCUGGGUGUGAGUGGACGGUCUGGCCUGGGUGUGUGUGGACGGUCUGGCCUGGGUGUGAGUGGACGGUCUGGCCUGGGUGUGUGUGGACGGUCUGGCCUGGGUGUGAGUGGACGGUGUGGCCUGGGUGUGAGUGGACGGUCUGGCCUGGGUGUGUGUGGACGGUGUGUCCUGGGUGUGAGUGGACGGUCUAGCCUGGGUGUGAGUGGAUGGUCUAGCCUGGGUGUGUGUGGAUGGUCUGGCCUGGGUGUGAAUGGAUGGUCUAGCCUGGGUGUGAGUGGAUGGUCUAGCCUGGGUGUGUGGACGGUCUAGCCUGGGUGUGAAUGGACGGUCUAGCCUGGGUGUGUACGGAUGGACCUCAGAACAUUGUGGCCUUGCCCAGCAGGAGAGACCCUUCAUGAAGGCCAGGAAGGCUGCCACUGUCCCCUCCUCCCAGCCCUUGAACUCCAACUUCCCCUCUGCCUCUGUGUGCCCCUUUGCGUACUGUGAAGGCCACUGAGAAACACCCAGCGUGCUCCUGACACGGGCCAUGCUCAGCCACAGAACCGCCUAGCGCCUUCCCCGCUGCGGUCCACAUCAGUCUAUGGGGCGAUAUCACAUGGUCUCAGACGUGGAUCAGCCAGCAGCAGCUCAGAGCAGGGCACCAUGUCUAGCGGGGCCCCGUCCACUGUUGGGGGGGGUCUCUGGGAGGGGCCUCGGGCCCCUGCUCACCCACCGGCCCCGAGAGGGGUGUAGGCACCAAGACUCACACAUGCAGCAUCCCGGAGUCCUGGAGCCGGGGGUCCCAGCACCACCCACAGGUGCCUGCGGCCUCCACACCAGCGUUUACACACAGGGCUCCUGGGUCCCGCCCAGCCAGGCCUGCAGACCCAGUCUCCAGCCAGACCUGCCUCACCCACCGGCGUAGCUGGAGCUGGCGACACCAGCCAGGUGCUGGUCAUGGCCCAGCUCCCCCUCGACGGCUCACCCUCCCCUCGAUCUGGGCUGACGCUCAGAAUCCCCCACCUGUGCCUGUUUGUAGACCAGAACCUCAAACCAGCUAUGGGGCAGGGACAACGUGGAGGAAACCCCACUCCCCCUUCGGGGGUGAGGGGUGCGGGAAGCUUACUCAUCCUCCUGCAGCCCCCCCCAGGCAGUGCCUUACCUGUGGUACCCAGGAAAGUGCCCCUGGGCUGGGGGGUCUAUGGGAGCCUCCGACCAGGCUGCCCUCCCCACCCUGGGGCACUGCCUCGCCAAAGAAAUAAAGACUCAAAGAAACCA